UUUAAUGGAAAUCCAGACGACUGGCCGCUGUUCAUAAGCAAUUAUGAGAACAGCACAGAAGUUGCGGGAUACACGAACGCGGAAAAUCUCAUGCGCUUGCAAAAGAGUCUGAAGGGCAAAGCGCUAGAGAUGGUACGCUGUAAACUUCUCCUGCCGUCAAUGGUUCCUGAAAUAAUUCAAACACUUAAAAUGUGCUUUGGACGACCGGAGUAUAUCCUUGAAUCGCUGAUCGAAAAAGCCAGGCGUAUUCCGCCGCCAAAAGAAAAGCUCGACUGUUUUAUCGAAUUCGCCUUGGGUGUGCGAAACAUCUGCUCUACCAUGGAGGCUUGCCAUAUGGAAGCACACUUAAAUAAUCCGAUGCUGGUAAGAGAAUUUGUUGAUAAGCUGCCCAAUCAACACAAAUUGAAUUGGGCUAUGCAGCUACGCGAUGAACGAGUGCCUGUCAUGAAGGCGUUUAGCGAUUGGAUUUUUCUAAUCGCUGAAGCUGCGAGCAAAGUAGUUCCGCCGUGUGUUUCCAAAAAAAGCGCUUCGAUUAACAUGCAUACGCAAUCGUUACGAACGGUCAACCAUGGUAAGGCAACAUGUUUUGCAUGUAAAUGUGAGGACCACAAAAUCCAGAAUUGUGACGAAUUUAAAAAAUUCAGCAUAGAACAAAAGUGGGAUGUAGUAAAGGAAAACAAAUUAUGUCGUCAAUGCCUUAACGCGCACCGUCGCAAAUGCUUCUUGAAUAAAGAAUGCGGUAUCGAUAGCUGCAAGUCAAAACAUCAUGCGCUUUUACAUAAAAGCGCACCGCUAGUAAGUAAUGCACCGGCAGUUCAGUCAGAACGAAAUGCACCAUCUCCAACAGUGAAUAAGCAGUUGGUGAAUACUCAUACAGAUGUCGAAGAAGAAACUUCACCAUGUUUCCGCAUUAUACCUGUACGCAUUUAUUCGAAAACUAAAUCAAUAGAUACCUUCGCCUUUUUAGAUGAAGGAUCUUCCGUCACCUUAAUGGAACAAAAAAUCUACGAUUCGCUGGAUUUGUGUGGAGUACGAGAAACAUUGUGCCUUCGCUGGACUGGUGAGAACUCGCGAAUUGAAAACGGCUCGAUUAGAACAUCGAUAGAAAUAUCUAACGCAGACCACGGCACGAAAUACAAUAUAAACGAAGUGCACACAGUCCAGCAGCUUGGCCUACCUAGCCAGUCGCUCAACAUGGAGAAAAUUGCGGAGAGGUAUUCAUACUUGCGCGGCCUUCCUAUAAAAUCGUACGAAAACGCAAAGCCAACAAUCCUAAUUGGAGCCAACUGCUGGAAGCUGGCCGUACCAAUAAAAACUCGCGAAGGCGACUGGUUUGAGCCAAUUGCAACCAAGUGUCGCCUAGGAUGGACAUUGCAAGGGAGUACCGCUAAUUACUCUGGCCCGCAGAAAUUGAAUAUUCAUGUAUGCGACUGCGAAAAAAAGUACGAAAGUCUUCAUGAAGAAGUGAAGGAGUAUUUCAGUCUCGAAACUUCACAAGCAAAAAAAGCUAAUGUCUCCCGAUGACCAAAGGGCGCUGCAGAUAUUAAAAUCUACGUGUCGUCAACACAAUACGCGGUACGAAGUAGGCUUAUUGUGGAAGCAAGAGGUUGAAAAACUGCCUACUAGUUAUGACAACGCACUAAAGCGCUUUAUCUGUAUGCAAAGGAAGUUGGCCAGAGAUACGAACCUGCGACGCAACAUGCAAGAACAAAUCAACAACUUGUUAGUCAAGGGCUACGCAAGAAAGCUGGCAAUAGACGAAAUAAAUAUCUCAACGGAUCGUGUGUGGUACCUACCGAUUUUUAUCGCGCUAAAUCCUAAUAAGCCCGGAAAGGUGCGACUUGUGUGGGACGCGGCUGCUAAGUCUAAUGGAGUUGCUCUGAACGAUUUUCUCGUUAGUGGUCCGGACCUUCUGAACUCGCUUACGGAUGUAUUAAUGGCAUUCAGGAUCGGGCGAGUGGCUAUUUGUGGAGACAUCGCCGAAAUGUUCCACCAGAUAAACGUUAGAGAUGCUGACAUGCAUGCCCAGCGUUUUCUGUGGAACGACAAUCACGAGGAGUUGGAAAAUCCGGACAUCUACGUCAUGCGUGCGCUUACCUUCGGUAUUAGCUGCGCUCCAUGUAUCGCGCACUUCGUUCGUGACAUAAAUGCUAAAAAAUACGAGAAAAUAUUUCCGCGAGCUGUCGAAGCCAUACAAAAGUACCACUAUGUGGACGACUUCAUUGAUAGCGUCGAUAGCGAAGACGAAGCAUUUCAACUAGCAAUACAGGUUAAAAGAAUUCACGCUGAAGCCGGAUUUCACAUCCGUAAUUGGGCGUCGAACGCACCCGCUGUACUCGAACAACUCAGUGACGAUAUCCCUGCAAGUCAACUCCCUAAAGGAAUGGGUCAUACGGAAAAAAUACUAGGUUUGUAUUGGGACCCAGAUAAUGACGUUUUUAAGUUUAUUUGCAGAUUCUCUAAAAUGCGACGAGAUAUCUUGCAAAGCGACGUGGUACCGACGAAGAGAGAAGUCCUCCAGAUUUUGAUGUCCAUUUUCGAUCCCCUUGGAUUCUUAGCACAUUACACCAUCGGGUUGAAAAUACUGUUGCAAGAAGUAUGGCGCUCUUGCAUCGGCUGGGACAACCCGCUGCCAGAACAGCUCUACAACCAAUGGUGUCUUUGGAAGACGUUAUUGCCAGCAAUAUCAGUCACGAGAAUUCCGCGAUGCUACUCGCCCCUCCUUAAAAAUUCUGAGUAUAACCAACUCCACACAUUUGUGGAUGCCGGCGAGAACGCAUACGCCGCCGUUUGCUAUAUACGGACUCAGCUUGGUAACAAAGUCGACACCAUCAUAGUUGCUGCCAAAUCGAAGGUCGCCCCAUUGAAGCCACUAUCGAUACCGAGGCUCGAAUUACAAGCCGCGGUAAUCGGCGUGAGGUUGGCAACCACCGUCACAGCAGCGCUGCGAGUGCCGAUACAUGCUCGAUUCUGGUGGUCGGACUCAAAAACUGUCCUCAAGUGGCUGCGAAUGGAUCCCAAAAACUUUAAGCCAUACGUAAUGCACCGCAUAGGCGAAGUGCUCGAGAUGACAAACGCCACUGAUUGGCGUUGGGUUCCUUCGAAGUUAAAUCCAGCCGAUCUGGCGACAAAGUUCAACACACAGCACAGCUCCGAGUUUUGGAUAUAUGGACCAAAGUUCCUAUCAUUCGAGGAGGCGGAGUGGCCGACGUGCAAAGACCUUGGUGCAGUGGAGCACACUGAGUUGCGACACUGCAUUCUGCAUAUGACUAAAAGCACUCCUGAACAACCUCUUCUCAAUGUAGAGAAUUUUUCGUCAUGGCGACGAUUAUAUCGUGUGGUGGCGACAGUAAUCAUGUGGGCAACGAAGCUGAAAGCGGUGAUCAAUAAAGUAGAGACACCCCUCGUAACCCUCUGCGAGACCACGAAAAAGGCCCAGGACAUGCUCAUAAAGGAAGCGCAGAUGAGUGAAUACCUUCCAGAAAUGCGAACACUAAAGUGCGGUAAGAGUAUUGAGAGAGAUAGUAAACUAAUAUCUUUAAAUGCUUAUAUAGACGAUGACGGCUUACUCAGAGCACGAGGAAGAGCCGAGAACUUGAGAUCUGGCGAUGCCAUCAUUCUACCAUGUAACCAUCAUACCACGUUUUUAAUAGUUCGCCAUUACCACCAGCAAAAUCAUCAUCAGUUUCACGAAGCUACUGUAAACACAAUUCGUGAAAAGUACUAUAUUCCACGGCUAAGGGUGCUUUAUCGAAAGGUAAGACGAUUGUGUCAACGCUGCAAGAACGACGCCGCUAAACCAAACGCUCAGCAAAUGGCACCGCUACCGAUUGCACGAUUGGCAAGCUUCGAACGCCCGUUUACCUACGUCGGUAUAGAUUUAUUUGGCCCGAUACACGUAUCAGUUGGAAGACGUCGAGAAAAAAGGUGGGGUGUAAUCUUUACUUGCUUGACAGUUCGUGCCGUCCACUUGGAAAUCGCACACAGCUUAGAUGUUUCCUCGUGCAUUAUGUGUAUUCAUAAUUUUAUUUCAAGACGCGGGAAGCCGCGCGAAAUUUAUACGGACAAUGGAACGAAUUUUAAGGCAGCGGAAAAGUCUCUGCGUGUAGAGUCCAGAAUUAUUGAAAUGGCGCAAACAAAGUACGAGGAUGUCAUGUGGCGAUUCAACCCACCCGGAGCGCCACACAUGGGUGGUGCCUGGGAGCGAUUGGUCCGUUCGGUAAAAGCUGUGCUUAAUGCCAUCUGCCCUUCAUUUAAAUUCACCGACGAAACGCUAAGGAACGCCUUGUGCGAAGUUGAGCUCAUCAUAAAUUCUCGACCGCUCACGUUCGUGUCACUGGAUAGCGCGGAUGACGAUGCGCUUACUCCUAACCAUUUGCUAUUGGGAUCAACGGACGGCCACAAAGCGGUUUUCGACGAUAAACACGAUUUACGACAGCAAUGGCAUAAAACUCAAGACUUCGCUAAUAAGUUCUGGCAGCGAUGGCUGAGAGAAUAUGUGCCGAUUUUGCAGCGAAGAGUAAAGUGGUUCAACAAGCGUGCCCCAGUCGCAGUUGGAGACGUCGUGGUCAUCGUAGAUGAAACUAUGCCGCGAAACUCGUGGCCAAAAGGCAUAAUUACUGAAGUAGUAAAAGCUAAGGACGAUCAGGUGCGGCGAGUGACGAUUAAAACUCAAAAGACCACGCUGCAGCGACCCGCAACCAAGGUGGCAGUCUUAGACGUCAGCGGCGCCACUUAAGCAAGUCUCAUCGAUCUUAAUUCGCUUGCUAGGGGGGGAAUGUUGCCGCUAAAUAUGAGUACAUUUACCACUUAAUACUUAAUAAUA